AUGGGCUUUAACCCCGACACCUUGGCAGAUACUAAACCACGCCAGAAGAGCAGUGAUCUCUGGGAACAUGUAAGGAAAACUGCCUUCUUGGACCCAGAUAUAUGGAGUUUCCCCAAGAACCGUGCUCCUUGUCUGCCACGUGUUUCUGUAGUUGCCAUCCCCACCACGAACGAACAUCAUCUUUUCUCUUUCUUUUUUUUUUUUUUAAUUUUUUGUAUAAUAAUUAUUUCCUUUAUUGCUUUAGGUAUUUCUGGGAAAAGCCAGCUUCUCUUUGCACUGGUCUUCACCACCCGUUAUCUGGAUCUCUUCACUUCAUUCAUUUCAUUGUAUAACACAUCUAUGAAGCUCAUCUACAUUGGUUGCUCGUAUGCCACUGUGUACCUGAUCUACAUGAAAUUUAAGGCUACCUAUGAUGGAAACCAUGAUACAUUCCGAGUGGAGUUUCUGGUGGUUCCUGUUGGUGGACUCUCAUUUCUUGUCAAUCAUGACUUCUCUCCUCUAGAGAUUUUGUGGACCUUCUCCAUCUAUCUCGAAUCAGUUGCUAUCCUCCCCCAGCUUUUCAUGAUCAGCAAAACUGGAGAAGCAGAGACCAUCACUACUCACUAUCUUUUCUUCUUGGGUCUCUACCGUGCCUUGUACUUAAUCAAUUGGAUUUGGCGCUAUUAUUUUGAGGGUUUCUUUGACCUCAUAGCUGUUGUUGCUGGUGUGGUCCAGACCAUUCUUUACUGUGACUUCUUCUAUUUGUAUGUUACAAAAGUACUCAAGGGAAAGAAGCUCAGCUUGCCAGCAUAAGUGCCAAAAAUCAUCACCAGCAUCUGUUCUUCCGGAUGCUUGGACAGAACAAUCCUUACCACAAGCAAAGGCAAAGAUGCUUGAGACAGAAAAUCAGAAGCAACUUUCUAGCACAGGUGGUCAUCAGCAGCUCUAAAAACAGGAAGAACAACCAGCGGAUUUCUGUUUGAUGCAUCUUGCCUUGACCUUUUUUUAUUACUAUGUAUAAAGAUUUUUUACAUAAAGAAACUUAUACUGUAUUAAUAAAUUCAGCGUGUAGUUUCAAUUGGAAUAGUUUCAAAAGUGAGGUUUUGUGAGGUUGUUUAUGACCAGGAAUAAGUGCAAACUUUUUUUUUAUUUUCAAGGAUUCUCUGAGAUUUGAUUGACACUUAAUGCACACAAAUAAAUGUGUACUGCCUGAUGGAUGGUAGUCAUAGCUC